GUGCAGAGCAGGACCUCCGAAGAGAAAACGGAGCGUGAACCCGGUUGUUGUAGGCUACUAUUUCUCUGGUCCGUUUUCUAUCCGUUUUGGGGUUUGACAGCUGUUUUAGUAGCGGCUCCUCUGUUCGCCUCGUCUGGACCGACUAAACGCCGCGCUUACAGACUCAAAAAUGGAGAUAGAGAAGGAAGUAAAAAAGAUGACCCUCGGACACGAGUUUGGUGCUGGAGCGGCCUGUUUGAAAUGCAAGGACAAGUGUGAAGGCUUCGAGCUGCAUUUCUGGAGAAAAAUCUGCCGAAACUGUAAAUGUGGCCUCACAGAGCACAACGUGCAGAUGGAAUCGGAGGAGAACAAGAAGGUAGGCAAGCUGUUCGAGGACACCAAGUACACCGGCCUCAUCGCCAAGCUGAAGACGGAUGGCAUCCCCAGCUACGAUGGCAGUAUGAUGACCAUUACUCUGCCCAGCCCUGCCACUGCUUACGUUGUACCGCCGAGUGCUUCUUCCACUGUGGUGCCCCCCUCUGCCAUAGCUGGUUCUGUACAGCCUGCUGGAGCUGCUGCAGGUACAGCACCCGGCAGGCCUCAGGCUCCGCAUCAGGCUCCGCAUCAAGCUCCGCAUCAGGCUCCGCAUCAGGCUCCGCAUCAAGCUCCGCAUCAAGCUCCGCAUCAAGCUCCGCAUCAGGCUCCGCAUCAAGCUCCGCAUCAGGCUCCGCAUCAGGCUCCACAUCAGGCUCAGCCUCAGCCUAUACCUGCCAGUGUCACUCCUAUCAAGGCUAACAAAGUGCCUGUUGCUGUCAGUGCCACAUCAGCCAGUGUGGUACCAGUCCCCAAAGAUGUGCCAAUGAAGCCUAUCACCUAUGACUGGGCACCACCAGUAGCCAAUAAGUAUCUGGCGGUGCGUUACAUUGAGCUGCUCCCACCAGAGAAACGUCCGGUGACCGGUACAGAGGGAGCUGCUUACCGCCGGCAGCAGAUGGCAUGCCAGCUGCCCGAGCAUGACCAGGACCCGUCCAUGUGCCAUGAGCUGAGCCCAGCCGAGGUCAAGCAAAUGCAGCAGUAUGUCCGCAAGUACAAGGAUGAGGCCCUGGGGGUCGGAGAUGUUAUACUGCCUGAAGAGAUGGCUCUGGUUCAGGCAGGAGGGCAGGGUGGAGCUGGGGCUGGAAGCGCACCUGGUGCUGGUGGAGCAGGGUUUGGACCUGGGGUUGGUACACCUGGAGCUGAUGCUGGCCCUGGGGCCGGUGGUGGAGCUGGAGGAGCUGGAUUUAGACCAGGAGUUAGUGGUGCUAGAGCUGGUUCUGGGCCAGGGGCUGCAGGACCUGGAGCAGGGGCUGGAGGUCCUGGCUUUGGACCUGGAGCAGGGGGUAGAGGAACUGGUGGUGCUGGGCCAGUUUCAAGUCCUGGGGGUGGACUGUCUUCUGGCUUUGGGCCCGCUGGAGGAGCCAUGGGUACUACUGCCACUGCUGGAGCCAUUGGCGUCCCUGGAGCUCAGCAACCUGGACUACCACAAAAGGCCUUUUCAUGUAAUCAUUGCCAGCAGCCCAUGCGUCUGGGCGAGCCAGCUGUCUAUGCUGAGCGGGCCGGCUAUGACAAGAUGUGGCACCCAGCAUGCUUCGUGUGUUGUACUUGCAACGAACUACUGGUGGACAUGAUCUACUUCUGGAAGAAAGGCAAGCUGUACUGUGGACGCCACUAUGGAGACAGCGAGAAGCCACGCUGUGGAGGCUGUGAUGAGCUGAUCUUCAGUAACGAGUACACUCAGGCUGAGGGCCAGAAUUGGCAUCUGAAGCACUUCUGCUGUUUUGACUGUGACUGCAUUCUCGCCGGAGAGACAUAUGUGAUGGAGAAAGACAAGCCUGUCUGCAAGCCCUGCUACAUGAAGAACUACGCUGUGAAAUGCUCAGCCUGCCAGAAUGCGGUAGAACCCGAGGCCCAGAGGGUUUCCUACGGCGAAUCCCACUGGCACGCCGAGCCACAGUGCUUCAAGUGUUCUGGAUGCUCCAAGUGCCUGAUCGGCCAGCGUUUCAUGGCAGUGCAGGGCUUCCUCUUCUGCUCUGCGGAGUGCAAAAAGAAAACCAUGGCUUAGAGGGCCAGCACACCCUCCCUCCAUCUUCUCCGCAACCACUUGUGAAACCAGGACAGAUUGAGCUUAGACUAGAACCAGAGCAGGGAAGACAAACACAGGUGCAGCUGGAAUAGGGCAGAUAUGUUGGACUAUGGUUGUGUUAACAAAAAGUAGAGUGCCUGAUGAUUCUUAAUAUAGAGAUGUACUAUAAUAAUAAGUCCAUUUGUAUUUAGGUGCUCUUUUCUUUCUGUCAAUGGAAGACCACAGUAUUGAUAAAUCUGUCUAAACUAGACACUUAAACUUCUACCUUCUGGUUUGUCCUUUGCCUUAAAAUCAGCUGUCUUCUUUGAACAAGUAGAUGUUUUGUUGCUUUUCUUGCACUGUGUUUUCUUACUGAUGAGAUUAAUUUUGUAUUGGUUGGAAGCGGCAAUCUAGUUUAAUUUUAAACCUGUAUCAGUUUAAUGGUAAUAGCGCUAUUGUGACCCAAAUAACCCACUGCUGAUUUAAUGUACCACCUUGUACUGCUUUCUUCAUAGAAAAAACUACUGAUAUUCACUCUCAUAUGCAGCAAUAUGACAAGCAAUAUUAGCCAGGUUUUUGGGGUUGAUUUGCACUGUAUUCCAGUUAAAACUGAAAUCAAAUAAUAGUAAUCUUAAUCAAAUCAUUAUGCAGUAGGAUUUUGUUUCUUUUGUAUUAAGAAUUUCAACUUCCUGAAUUCAGGUGACAGGUAUGGAAGUAAAUUGCCCUAACUCUGGUAACAUUUGGCCACAAGCAGCUACUUUUACACAUUGUCAAAUGAGGUGUAUAGUAUCAUUUUCAUAGUAUUUUAGGGGACAAAACAGUGUGGGGAAUUCCAGUAUACAUCACCUGCUACCAGUUUAUGUGGUGUACCUCUGCAAACUAUGCUAUAAAAACAACAGCCUUGCAAUUAAUUUGUGGUAUGUAGACAUGGUGUAUGACAUGAGUAUUUAUAACAUUGUCCCCUUAAUGUAUGUUAAUAUGGAAUGUUCAAGAACAACGUACUUCAUAAAGAGUUGUUCUACGUAACCCACACACAGCAGCUGUCUUUUGAUUUAAGAUAAGGCACAAGCUUUCCCCGCCACCACUUGCGGAGCUCAUUCUGUUGCUGGCCUCCGUCUGGCGUGCGCAAAGAUGAUGCAGUGAAUCUGUUUUGAAAACAAAGGGGAGGUCUCUCCAUGACUCAAACGCCUUUCCAAUGUGGACCCGUUUUUUUGCCCGUUGAUCUGAUUCUCAUUUUGGAAGUCGGGCUUCAGCAAAUAAAACUUGUUUUUUUUUUUUUAUCUUUACAUGGAGUUUGUAUUGGAAUCUGUGUUGUGCUGGGAGCUGGUUGUUUUUCGGCAUUACCGGUCUCCAUUUUGUUAGACAGCUAGAUUUUGAAAGUCUCCAAUGGAAAUAAAUCCCACCCCCUCCCUUCAGCUUCCAAAGCCAUUCACUAAAACACAUUUAGGUAGAUAAGCAAGUAGUCCAGCCAAUCAUUUCAUUCGUCCGGCGCUUUUUUCAAUGCUGCAUCUGCCACAGAUACUGGAUUUUUUAUUUUUUUGUUAGCACAUUUGAUUGCUGUUGGCAUAUGGGAGUUUCAACAAAUAUAACAAUGCUAAAUAAAACAAAAUACUUCUGAAUAAAUUGCCUACCCCACCUUUAAUUCAGGAAAACACUGGAAAUUGCUUCAUAUAAAACUAUUUUGUGUCACUAUUUUUGUGCCAUGAUUUUCCUUUUAUGCAAUAAACUGCACUUUAAAUAGGUUUUUCUUUUUCCAGUAAUACCUGAUGUAGAAUGCAUGUGAGUUUUUCACUUAACAGCUAAUAAAAGCCCCUACAGAGGUCUUUUCAC